UAUAAUAGUGUAAAAACAAAAAUUGCAACCCAAUCAAAGUUCCCGCUUGAGAAGGAAAACACGUGAAAACACUACGGAUCUACUGCACCCAACUCAUAAUAAACUACUCUCUCUCACUCACUAAUCUCAAAAUCCCCAAAUUUUUUCCAAAUAAUAAAACCCCUAAAAUCACACACAAACACACAUCGUAAUCUACAGAUUGAGAAAUCGAAGUACAAGAAUGGCUGAUUGGGGACCAGUGUUGGUGGCUGUGGUGCUGUUCGUAUUGCUAACCCCGGGCCUAUUGUUCCAGCUGCCAGGUCACAACAAAGUGGUGGAGUUUGGUAAUAUGCACACUAGCGGCGCGGCAAUAAUUGUCCAUUCUGUUAUCUAUUUUUGUGUUAUUACUAUCUUUCUCAUUGCCAUCGGUGUCCAUGUCUAUGCUGGUUAAUUUAUUAUAAUAGUGUUUAAUUACCCCCUCCUGUUACAUUUUACUUUUUACCCCCCAUUACAUUAGCAGCAUCUAUGUUUACCCCCCCUUGUAUUUUGUGUUUGUUGUUUUUUACCGCAUUGUGUUUCCUUAUGUGAAGUUUAUGAGCUAUUCGUUUAUGAAAAACGAUACUAGUAA